UCUCACUUCACUUUGUUCUCUGUCUGGUCUUCAAACAAUUCACCAUUUUUGUCUGAGAGAUAAAUUUUUCUCCCGAGCUUCUUUCACUCUGCUUUUACUCUAACUGAUUCCUUCCACUUUUCCGCUUUUUUCUCUCGUAAACUUUCUUGGAAAAAAUUCUCCACUCUGCUUUAAAGUUUUCAACUUCUCUGGGUUCUUAUAAUCAUAUCCUCAUCUCUUUCUCUCCUAUUCUCUUCUUUUUAAUUGUUUUUGAAUCACUUUCCUGUAACUUUAGUAGAUUUGGUUACGAGGCUCGUGCGUAGGCAUGGGUAGAUAGUUUAAUUUGUUCUCUCUUUAAUUUGCUCUAGGAAUCUUUGUGCUUUUUUUGCUUUUUGAUUCGGGGUUUUUAAACCUUCCAUGCGAAUCUGAGGUGGAGAUAUGGAGGAAGAAGAAGGGAUGUUGGGAACUAGAGUGAAGUACAGUGAGCAUAAACGGCUAACCACGACGGUUAGGCAUUUGCCGGAGAUGAAUGCUGGGUUGCCUAGAGUUGUGAGGAUAACGGUGACGGAUAGUGAUGCUACGGAUUCUUCCGGUGAUGAGGAGGAGAGGGAGGGAGGGUUGUUUUGGCGGCGGAGAGUGAAGAAAUACGUGAAUGAGGUCACGUUUGAGGCGUGGGGGCGAGAUGACGGUAACGGUAACGGAAGCUGUAACGGCGUUGUGAGGAGUGGGCCCACGGCGAAGAGGCGGAAGAAGGCGGAGAUGCCGGCGGGGAAGGUGGAGAAUGGGACGAAGUUUAGAGGAGUGAGGCAACGGCCGUGGGGGAAAUGGGCGGCGGAGAUAAGAGAUCCUCUCAGCCGGCGGCGCGUGUGGUUAGGAACGUUCAACACCGCCGAAGAAGCCGCUAUGGUUUACGACAACGCGGCUAUCCAGCUGCGUGGGCCUGACGCGCUCACCAAUUUCUCCGCUCCAACUGCCGCCGCCGCCGUCAAGUCUCCGCCGGAGGACCCCAAGCCGCAGCAGCCGGUGGAUUCCGGCUACAACUCCGGCGAAGAGUCCCACAACAACCAACGCUCUCCCAAAUCCGUUUUGUUCUUCAACGAAGAACCGGAAACGUCGUCGUUUCUUCCCCUUCCAAACGACGCCGUCGAAAUGAGCCAAGACUUCGCCGUCGCCGACAACACUUCCGUGCCGGAAAACUUCCCGGACUUCUCUCCGUUCGACCCAUUAUUCCCAAACGACUUGUUCAAGUUCGACAACCCGGUACCCGUACCCGUACCCGACGUGUUCGACGUAACGGGUUUGUCCGACAAGAUUUUCGAGGAAGAAUGGUGCUGUGACAUGUUUAUCGGGUCAAGUCACGAUACCGGGUUCGGGCUGCCCGCAUUGCCGGCGGACGAUUUCUUCCUGGAUUACGGAGAUAUAUUCGGGUCGGAUCCUCUCGUGGCGCUUUGAGAGAGAAAAUCGGCGCGGUUUACAAAUUCUCGGCGUUAGUGUCUCCGAAGUUUUAAACCAGCGAUAACUGAGUGUUUAAUAUUAAAAUAUUAUUAUAUUUGUAUUAUCGGAUGUUUUAUUCUCCUUUUUUUCGUGUAAUCUCCUACGGUGUACGUUGUUAGGUGUAAGUAACUGGUGAGAGUAGCCGUUAAGUUAACGAUAAUGGUGAGGGGUGGAAAUAUGAGUUGGCACGUGUAAAACACGUGACUUGAGAAAGCUCUGAAUUAGGUGAAACAAUGUAAUGGGAUGAAUGGAUGCAUAGGCGUGCAUGUCACGUGCUCUGUCAAGUAUCAUAUUUCUGUUUCCUCCCUUUUAUCUUUCUAUUAUAUUACGCUAUUAAUUUUCAAGAAAAAAAAAAAGAGAGAAGAAUAUUUAUGAUAUUUA